AUGUGGGCUCGGGUUGGACGAAUGCUGGAAGCUCGUGCCGUGUCCCAGUGCAUGGUGGGCCAGAAGGACGCCCUGCGGGCUGCCGGCCUGGUGGUGCAGAUUGUGCAUGAAGGGAAGAUAGCCGGGCGGUGUAUUCUGUUGACCGGAGAGCCUAAAUCGGGAAAAACGGCCAUUAUUGUGAGGAUGCCACAGGCGCUUGGCAACGAAACACCCUUCACGAGGAUAUCCGGUUCGGAGAUCAGUGGAAAUUCAGAUCGAUCGUCCGGCUUCCGGCACGGGGCAGAAGAGCUGCAGGAACACAAGGAAGUGGUUCACACGGUCACGCUUCACGAAAUCGAUGUAAUCAAUAGCAGACACGGGUUCUUGUUUGCAGGUUACACCGGUGAGAACAAACAGGAAGUCCUCGAUCAGAUCAUGGAAUGGUGCAAAGAGGGUAAAGCGGAAAUCAAUCCCGGAGUGUUGUUCAUCGACGAGGCCCAUAUGUUGGAUAUCGAAUGCUUUUCCUUCCUGAACAGAGCUUCGGCAAGCGAUAUGGCCCCGGUCGUAAUCAUGGUCAUCAAUCGAGGCAUUAUCAAAACCCGUGGAACCAACUGUCGCAGCCCGCCCGGAAUUCUAAUCGAUCGAAUGAGCAUCAUUUGAACGGUUCCCUACUCAGCGAAGGAAAUCAAAAAAGUUCCAAACUGCCUCUUUUCGCUUAACAGUCCCAUGUGAUAGGAAACCCAACAAAGAUAGGACUGUUAUGCGAAUAGGGGCAGUAAAUGUUUGGUUAUUGGAAGGAUUACAUACCAGUUUGUGCAACGCUAUUCAAUCGGCUUGGUCAGCAAGAGACGCAAGGCGGCCACAGAAAAGGAUAUUCGGAAGGUGUAUUCCCUGUUUCUGGACGAAAAGCGUUCCAGCAAGAUCAUGGUGGGGCUGGCUCACCGACACUUCCGGUCCGCUUUAGUGCUUUAUGCAUCAUUGUGGCCAGGUGUUGCUCUAGUUUUUCCAACUGUAUUGUAAAGCAUGAGCGGUGAUCCUUGGCAUUCUUGUGUAAAUUGGGGUAGGUACUCGAAAUGUUGAUCGAUCACCGAUUAUUACUGGCAGAUGCAGUGGAAAGUUUGUCUUAAUACGUAUCAAUCGUCUCUGACAAACGAGAAAAACUGACUUCACUGAUUACCUGUCUCUGAGCCAAAUUUGGUAUAGAGUCUUCAGUCUACGAUUAAUCGCUUCAUGUUUGAUUGAGGCUCCAAUCCAAUGGGUUACAUAGCCGCUAUCCGAAUGAAGAGAGUAAUGUUCCGCGUAAUAAUCACAAAUCAAAAGAGGUGCGGUAUAUUACGUGGAGCGGAUAUACUGAAUUGGGUACCAGACCAAGUCCCUGCUGGUUGGCACGAAAUAGGUGAGCCAUAGACAAUAGAAUCGUCAAUGUCGUAGGGCAUUGUAUGUGACUAUUGUCGAACCAAAUUGUCCAAUCAAAAUCAUAAGCGGCGUC